AAACUAUACACAGUGAACUUGGUAUUUUUACUCAACACGAUAUGCCUAACGUGAUUUGUUAUAUGCAUACCAAAUGUAUUCGUGAAAUAUUAUAAGUAUUAUGAAUAACUUAACUAAGUUUUAUUAUUAAAUAAAUUAUCGAAAUGUGUUAGUUUAUGAAUAAAAUUUAACAGUUUUCUGUUAACAAAAAUAUUUUUAGUGCCUAAUUAAAAUUGAGAGUAAGUUUUUUUUUCAAAAUGAAUGCGUGGGCAGGUGAAGAACGUGAUAUCAUGGGACCAACUGUUACGAGAGCUGCCAGUGCUAAGACUAUAACCCCGCCACUAAAGAACGGUAAUGAACUCAGAGAAGCUGGCUAUCUGAUAGCGGUUGGCUCUAGGACUGCUCGGUUUAGAAGAAAACACAGGAAUAAAUUCUUAUUAAUAUUGUUAUUAGCAUUAAUUCUACUUUUGUUGUGUUUAACAGUUGCAAUGACUGUGCUAUAUGUAAAACAAAAACGGAACAAGCCAGUACGAAUAUGUCACACGAAGGAAUGCUUGAGAUCCGCUGCUAACUUGGCGCUCUCGAUGGACCCUACUACCCAUCCGUGCCAGGACUUCUAUCAGUACGUCUGUGGCAACUGGGCGGAGGAACACCCUCGACCAGACGCGUACCGCUCCUACGAUUGGUUCAGAGAGAAACAGAACAAAGUGUACGCGGUGGUGCGAGAUUUCCUUACACACAACACGACAGAUCAGCCGAAACCUGUGCAGCAGGCUAAAGAUCUUUACACCGCCUGUAUGGACACUGAGAAAUUGGACAAACUAAGCCUCAAACCAGUGUUCAAAAUUUUAAAAUCGUUAGGUUUACCACUAUAUCCUACGUUCGUCAAUGCAACAGAACAUUUCGAUUAUUCUACCUACAAAUUUGACUGGUUAGAAGCUGUGAUAAACGUUAAAACACAACUGGGGAUGGAUGUCUUAAUUGGAUUCGAUUUGUUCACUGAUCCGAAAAAUUCCUUAGUAUAUCGACUAGUUAUGGGAUCACCAGAAACUACUAAUCCCUUUCCAAGCAUGCACAACGAAAAGAAACAACACAUUGGACAAAGAAAUUUUGUAAAACGAAAUAUGGACUAUCGAAAGAAAAAUAUACGAAUUUUUAAUAAUUAUUAUGAGCAAAACGAUAAUAAAUUCGAGUCAUUAGAAUAUAAAGAUGACGAAGAAAAGGCUGCACAUAUUUACAAGUUAUUCUACGCAGAACUAAUAAAGCUUUUUAUCUUAGAAAGUGCCCCAAAAGAUUCUAAUAUAACGGAGUUGGAGUUGGACCAAAAUAUUUUUCUAGCUGCAGAUGAGUUUUAUACAAUGAGUGAAAAUAUGUAUGAGCUAGAAGCUGACAAUGAUACAAGUACAGGUGAUGAUGAUCAGUAUCUUGAUGUACCAGAAUACGAUGUAGAUGAAGUUCAAGCUCAUACAGAUAUGAUUGUUUUAAGUAACAACGGUACACCAGUUCCCAUUUGGAAAAGAUACUUAGAAGGCGUAUUCAAUAUAAGUGAUGUGGAACUAGAUUUUAAAAAGGAUAAAAUAUUAAUAUCUGACCCUGAUUUAAAGUAUAUGUCGUUAAUGGCUGCAUAUUUAUCUAGAGCCGCACCUGUGACAGUUGAACUUUAUAUAUGGAUAAAGGUUGUAGAAGUAAUGGCAGCUCAUACGACGACAGAACUACGUCUGCUGUUCCAAAGAUCUUACGAUGCUCUGCGACAACACGAUCUAACCAUGCCACCACGUAGUUUGUAUUGUGCAAGUGCUGUUAACGAUUUACUUGGCAUGGCAGUUUCGUAUGCAAUUGCUAAGCCCGAUUUUCUUACUAAUACUAAACCAAAGAUUCAAGUAAUGUUAAGUGAAAUGAAAAAUUCCCUAUCCCGUUUGGUUGGUAAAACAAAAUGGAUGGAUGAAGCUACAAAAUUAGCAACUUAUCAAAAAAUUACUGAAAUGAAAACAUUGGUGGGCUUUCCUGAUUGGCUACUUGAACAGGGUAAAUUAGAAGAAUUUUACGAAGGGAUCGAAGUGGAUACAAUGAAGCAUUUGGAGAAUUUAAUAAAUAUAAUACAAGUGAAGAUUAAAAAUGCUCUAAAUAGAUUUCGCAUUGGCAACAAUGUCACUUGGGCUACUGAUCCGACUGAGGUCAAUGCAUACCACACAUUUCAAGAAAAUACAAUAACUGUACCUUUGGUAAUGUUACAAUAUCCUUUCUACGAUUUAGGACUCGAUUCCCUAAACUAUGGUUCACUGGGUACAGUGCUUGGACAUGAAAUAACUCAUGGAUUCGACAAUUUUGGGCGACAAUUUGACAAAAACGGCAACCUAUUACCCUGGUGGACAAACGGAACCAUAGCAUCGUUCGUCAAUUUGACUCAGUGCUUUGUCGAUCAGUAUUCGUCCUACUUCAUCCCUGAAUUAAAUGAACAUGUAGAUGGAAAAAAAACUCUAGGUGAAAAUAUUGCCGAUAAUGGUGGCGUUCGAGAGGCUUUCGGAGCUUUGAAGGAGCAUCUUUUUAAAAACGGAGAAGAACCCAAACUGCCUGGCUUUGAACACCUAAACUCUGAACAAUUAUUCUUUUUAUCAUAUGGAAACGUAAGUAUAUUUUACCUUGAAGGCGCUUUUUGAACCGUCGUAACUUUUAUUUUAAGUUUUCGACUUUACUCAUUAUAACAUAACCCGACAAAAGUGCUUGUAAACUAAGCCUACUUGAAAUAUCUGAAUUUUGUCUUUGACUUUGAACUUAUAAGUAAUCAAAACUUGACUUUGGUAUCUUUACAAAAGUUCGUUUUCAGUCACGUAUAAUUCAAUUUAUUGAACUUAAUUCCAUAUUGUUCUCAAAAAAGUAAUGUUUGUUUUAGCAAUAGCAAAUAUUUUCUUGGAAAACAUCUCUGUUUCCCUUCUUUUCUAUUUGUCUGUACCUUUAAGUGCUUUUUCUUUUCUUGUAAAUAAUAAUAAUAAAAAUAAUAAAUCUUUAUUUCAGAUAAUAAAAUCCAUAAAUUACAUUCAAUUGAUUAAAUUUUAAUAUCCUAUUGUUAGUAAUAUUAGUAGUUAUAGGUACUUAAAAACUAAAUUAAAAUAUGUUAGUGUGUUAGUAAUGACAGUAUCUAAAGUUAAAAUAACAUUAUGUUUCCUUUUGUUUUAGCUAUGGUGUGGUGUAACUACCAAAGAAUCUCUGAAGUCGGAACUGUCAGACGAACAUUCCCCCCAACAUUUCCGAGCUCAGGGUGCUUUGCAAAACAAUGAAGAAUUUUCUAGAGUAUGGGGAUGUUCCCCUGGAACCCCCAUGAAUCCUAGACAAAGGUGUAUUAUUUUUUAAUUCCAUUUUUCUAACACAUUUAGGGUAAAGUCUAACUAGAUCUAAGUUUAAAAACUUGAUAACUACUUUUUUUUAAUAGCAUUUUACGUAGUUUUAUUAUUAUUUAGUAUUAAUAUUAUUGGUAGUUUUAUUGUUAGGUUGAUUUUAUGUAAAUUAAUAUUAAGAAAAGACGUACGUUACUUAUUUCAUUUAUUAAAAACAAAGGAAAGACAAUAAAAUAAUAUCAUCAAAAUCAUAAAUAAAUUCAUAGAAUUCGUAGUUCCUAUUUUAGUAUUAUAUUUAUAUACAUUACUGAUUUUGAUACGAUAUAAACAAUAUUAAAAUUAUUUCGAUAAAUAAUGACUUAGGCUUUUCAUUCAUGAAUAUAAAAACC